GAGAUGAAACUGGAAGCCUCAGGAAAUGUUUCGUUUGUGACUCAGUUUGUCCUGCUGGGCCUCACAGAUUCCCCAGCCCUACAGCCCAUCCUCUUUGUCAUCUUCCUUCUUGCUUAUGCAGCUACUGUCGGGGGCAAUUUCAGCAUCCUUGCUGCCAUCCUCACUGAGCCCAAACUCCACACCCCCAUGUACUUCUUCCUGGGGAACCUGUCCCUGCUGGAUGUUGGGUGCAUCAGUGUCACAGUUCCUGCCCUGUUGAAGCAACUCCUGUGCAAAGACAGGAGCAUCUUCUAUAGAGCCUGCCUGUCACAGCUCUUCUUCUUCCACCUGCUGGCUGGGGAAGACUGCUUUUUGCUGACUGUCAUGGCCUAUGACCGCUACCUGGCAAUCUGCCAGCCCCUUACCUACAGCACCCGCAUGAGCUGGGCAAUCCAGAAAGCCUUGGUGGGUAUGUCAGGUGCCUGUGCCCUCGCAAAUGCACUGGCCCAUACUGUUGCCUUGUCUACCCUGAAAUUCUGUGGCCGCAAUGUGAUUAAUCACUUCUACUGUGACCUCCCUCAGCUCUUCCUGCUCUCCUGCUCCAGCACCCAACUUAAUGAGCAACUGCUCUUUAUCGCAGCAGCCUUUAUGGCUGUGACACCGUUAGUGCUGAUUGUAGUGUCCUAUGCCCAUGUGGUAGCUGCAGUCCUGAGAAUCCGCUCUGCUGAGGGCAGGAAGAAGGCCUUCUCCACAUGCGGUUCCCACCUCACUGUGGUGAGCAUUUUCUAUGGCACAGGUGUUUUCAACUACAUGAGGCUGGGCUCAGUGGACACUUCAGACAAGGACAAGGGCAUUGGCAUCUUCAACACUGUCAUCAGCCCCAUGCUGAACCCACUGAUCUACAGCCUGAGGAACCCUGAUGUGAAAGGUGCCCUGCAGAGCAUCAUCGGUGACAGGAGUGUUAGGAAUAUUCUCACCAUGAGGUUACCCUUAAAUAUGCUGAAGCAAGAGAGAUGA